UUUCAUUCCAGUCAAGUGACAUUUUUGUUGCAUUGGAAAUAAAAUAAUUUCGAUAUAACUUGUAUGUUUGGGAGGAGGGAUGGAUGAGUGCACAUAGUUGAAGCGAGGGACACCAUGCCUAAGCUAGGGCAUGUUACGGACCUCCGGGAGCAGUGGCUGGUGCGCGCCGACGGGGCUCUCGCCCACAGGCUCCAAGACCGCGAAAUAUCCUCACAUUUGUGUGAAAACAGGUACAGAAACCAACAAAUCCGAGAAGAUUUUCCUCUGGCACUAAACGAACAGCGUGGUAUUGACCAUGAACUGCACAUUCGUGAAAUGACUAGAUUGCGUCAGGCAGAGAUUGACGCAGAAAUUGCCCGAGAAAUUGCUGAAAUAAACCUGCGUCGGCAACGUCGACAGCUCCCCGAAGUUCCACAACCGAGCUCAAGUCGCGCCGCGCCCGCCCCUGCGCCUCCUCCGCCCGAUGACGAUAUUAAUCCUGAAGAACUUGGCCUUUCUCCAGCAGAACUAGAGGAAAUGAAAAAGAGAUUAGAACAGGAAGAAAGGGAUGCAAGACUGGCCAGAGAAUUGAGCCAAGGACAAGGUGAAGAUGCUUUAUUAGCUGAUAUGAGGUGUGCUGUGGAAGUUCAAGAUGGAGAAUUGGCGAGGCUCCUGCAGGAACGGGAGUAUAAGAAGCUUCAGAGAGCUAAAGAAAAAGCGAGACAAAAGGCACUCUUGAAGAAGCAACAGCGUCUAGCUCAGCAACAGAGGGAGAGUGAACCGUUGCCGGCACCUCCACAAACAAUGUUAUGUGAUGCUUACAGUAAUCCAAGAGAUUUAAUCCGUGAUAGCAGACUUCGAUUAUGCAAGUCUGUUGACUCUGAUUUGAAUUAUGUUGAACCUUUUGAGAAAGAACACAUCCAGUCCAAAGCCAGUGCUUUGCAGUCCAAAGAGAUAUCUAAUCAGUACUAUUCACAGGAACCGAGUACAAGUAAUAUGAAAUCUUCUCAUUCAUAUACUAGAUCUAUGGAAUUUGAGAAACAAAAUCCUCAGAAUAUAAAUACGCCUCUGCAGCACAGGCAGCCUCCACCUCCUCCUACAACAGGGAAAAAGCCUCGGUUUCCAGACCCGGUGAGCAUCAGGCCGGCAUCUCACUAUCCCAUGGACAACACAGACAGCCACUCCAAUAUCCAAAUCAUUCCACACAGCAUUAGUGAGAACAACAACUUGUACAGCUCAACAUUCCCCAUGGACAAUGGCAACAUGACACCACAGCGUAUGACAAAUGACAGGAAUGACAACAGCAAAAGGCUGUCAGUCAUCUCUGACAUUACAGCUGAAGGUUUAGCUAAGAAGAAGAGCAAACAGGCUGACAUGCAGAAGAAAAGAAAGGGAUGUAAGAUACAGUAAUUUUGAAUCUCCUCUUAUUUGAUGAUCAUUAGAGGCAUGUAUUGUCGCAAGUGUAUUAAGUUUUGUACUGUAUUGACAUACUGAUUAACAUUUUGAACUAAAUGUUAGAUUAUCCAGAUUAAGAAGUGUUCAGAUUUAAGUUUUAACAAUGUGUUGAAUAGCUUUAAGUUAUUUAAUAUCAGUUUAAGUGUGCAGAAGUACCUGCCGAAACCAAUGAGCCAUCGUAAUGUUAAGCUGUCAGUGCCUUGAUUUAGCAUUAAGAGAUAUAACAUUCCAUAGUAUUAAUUUAUGAAAAUUUAAAUUGGACUGAUAUCAGGUCUAUUGAAGUAAAUAGGCGAUAUUUUCAAGUGCCUUUAAGUAUUUUAAAACUCCAUAAUUUACAAAAAUAACAUAAUCUAAGUUUAGCUUAUGAAUAGCUUAAAAAAACAGCUAUAUCAAUUCUAAAUCUCUUGAUAUUAUUCCUUAUGAAAUCUCAAUUUUGAAUAUUUAAAAAAUAAUAUGCUCAAUUUGUAUUAGUUUUGAGAAACUGAAAUCUUACUCGUUGUACUUAAUCGUAAGACUGAUGUUAGCCUGUAAUCACAAAUGAUUGGUUAGAAUUUUUGAUUUUUUUUUAAUAAGUACUUUUAUAUUUGUUUACAAUGUUUUGGCAUUAUUGUUCUUGUGUGGUGCCUAAAUUGGUGCUAAUUUUAAUAAUAUAUCUUCAUAAUCUCAA